AGAAAACUUACUGAUGAAAACGAGGGCGUGGACCAAGACACUCUGGGAGAACUGAGUGCUGUGGGAUGCACCAAUGGUAAUCGUAAUGAGAAGGAUACAACUGGGGGGGAUGUACUAGAAGAUGACGAGGAUCAAGAUGCUGAUCAUGGUCACCUCGAUGCCGCGGACAAAUCUCCAAUUUCAGCGUCACCUACUACCGAAAAGAAGAGGACUGCUACUCCAGGUCCUGCCUCGUCCUCGAGUAAUACAACAACCACUAGAAUAGGCAAGUCUCAAUCUGGUGGAAGUUCUUCCAGCUCCACUAAAGCAUCUUCUUCUACUUCUCCCGCAUCUUCCCUUGCAUCUUCAGGAGGAGCCCCAAUCGAUAUCGACACCUUCUACCCUCGUUGCUUCAAUCUCAGCUGCGACACUGACACUUUCAUAGAAGAUUUCAAGCGUGGGAAAUGUCUGGCCAUUUUGAAGAGUUUUCUUGUUCUAGAGGGAGAACAAGGUGGCAUCGCGGAGAGUGCAGUCGAAGCGGCGUUGGAGGCUUUGGAGCGCAAGCUAAAGCCUUUGGACGACUGCAUCGAAGAUCACACGAGUGGCACGGAUUAUCGCAAGAUUCGGGACGACGACUGGAUAGCGAUUCGAGAUGUGAAUCUGGACAACCCGGCCAAGGACCUGCCUAAGU